GAUGUACCACAGGAUCCGCCACUCGGAGUGCAUCUACCGCGUGACCAUGGAGAAGCUGUCCUACCACAGCGUCUGCACGGCCGAGGAGUGGCGGGGCCUCAUGCACUUCAGCCUGCCCGUGCGCCUCUGCAAGGAGGUGGAGCUAUUCCACUUCGACAUCGGGCCCUUUGAGAGCAUGUGGCCUGGGAUUUUCGUGUACAUGAUCCACCGGUCCUGCGGCACGUCCUGCUUUGACCUGGAGAAGCUGUGCCGAUUCAUCAUGUCCGUGAAGAAGACGCCCCGCUGA